UUACUGAUUUGCAACUUGUGAAAACAGUGGGAUCUUUUUUCCUUGUUAUCACUUAGCUAAACGGAGGUGGGGGGAAGCCACCCUGUGUGUUUGCUUGAUAACACCUUUAAGAAUAAUGCUCUGUAGAGAUCACCUCUCACUUGAGUACUCUUUGGGUUUGUCCUAGCUUGGGCAUUUAAAUUUUGAAAUUGAAACAUGCUUUCCCUUGUCCUUUUGGCUGUUGACUUUGGUUUUGUUUUUCUUCUUUAUGUUUUGCUUCCUUAGAUUUUUUUCUUUUGGAAUUUUGUCUUUGUCUUUUGUUCACUUUUUGCACUGUAUGGACAGGGUAAGAGAUGUUGGUGAGCAGGCCUUGCUUCAAAGAGUUGUUGAGAAGAGCUUCCGGCCCUGUCUUCCUUCAGUCCUCAGCAUGCUUGCUCUUCAGUCACACCACGAUCUGAAUCAAAAAAAAUUUUUUUUUCUGAAUACCCAUGAUUGCAACAGCCCCGGUACUACUUGUGUCUGUCAUUAGAUCUUCCAAGUGCACUCAUCCAGCUCAGUAAUCCGCCACAUCCAAACAAGACCCUAUAAUGCAGGGAAGUUGCAUGGACACUGCCAUGGAGAGAAUCAAGAGUAGCCAGAACUUUCAGCCUCACAGUAUCACCUCUGUACCUUCAACAUUCCAUUAGCUAUAGCAUCCAUCUGUUUGUUCAUCUGCUGAAAUGAGAAAAGAAAAAUUCAUGCACUGAUUUAAACAAACCAAAAAAAAAAAGCACACCCCCCCCGCUCUCCUCUCUAGCUGAACAAAAAUGUGCAGUUAAUACUUGGCGCUUGAAAAUGCAGUAGUGAAUGUGGAACCAAACCUGUCUGUAUAUCUGGUAGCUCUUUGCUUUGUUUUUCCUUACCAGUAUUCUGCCUACCGUUUGCUUUUGUGAUGGUUAUAUUGCCUAGCAAGCACACCCGUGGUUGUGAAAUAGUAUAGCAAAAAAGAACAAUCCCUGGUUAUUGAUGUACUAGAUUUGUGUAUGUCUUUUAAACAGUUCUAGUUUCACCUUACACGGAAUAAUCAGGAAAAGUGUAAAAAUUGAAAAGCAAAAUAAAAAAUUUUAUCAGUUAGUUGUUUGUGAAUUGAUGUUAACCUUAUCUCUAUCACUACCAGAUUAACUGUUGUGAUCACACUUAUUUUUAUUCUUUGGAAUCAGAAGUCAAGGUGUGGUGGCAAAGGGGAAGGAAUUGUUGUAAUAUCCUCUUUCCAUUCAUUACUUGCUGCCUUUCUACCUUCCACAGCAAACCAUCCAGGCGUUAGGCUCUCUGUGGCUUGUAAGAUUUAGUAUGGAUGAUUACUUUGCAUUUGCUUUCAAGCCCCACUCUCUCUCUCUUUUUUCACUCUGAGAUAAAACCAAGCUAGAGAUAGAACCAAGCCUUCUAAGUCUUGGUUGUCUCUAAGGUUAAUAUUGUGCCUGUCCAAUGAUGGUCCUGUUGCUGUUUAUGAUAGCCUACAGCACUGUUUCCUAAUGGGAGAUCCCCACCCUUCCUAAAAAUACCUACAUUCCCAGGAGAGGAAAAAACUAGGAUAAAUGGAUGUUUUUAGCCCAAGACUAGUCUUUUGGUGCUCCCUUCCGUCCUUGGGAGCUACUCCCACCUGUGGAAACCACACUACAGUAAGUCUGUGGGAACCUACCUGCUUUGUUUCGGAAGAGAACAGGAGAGUACGGAAGGAGCAAGGUGAAGUAUUGGUCUAUAAUGGAUUUGGGUUUUGAUAACAUGGCCCUAUACCACAUGGAUUGCGGCUGCAAGCUCAGGUUGACCAUCUUGUUUCUCAGUUUAGGGCUAUCCUUGAGUCUCAGCUGUUAAAUCCCUACUGUUCUCAAAGCUGGGUCACAAAUAACCCCCUGUUGGAACGCAGGGAGAAUGGUUUAGAUCACCGAGGUGGGAGGCAAUCAUCUGAGGAAGGAAGAGGCCUUGGUAAUAAAACAGCUAGGGUCAAGAAUUGAGUGGCCCUUGAAGGCCUUACAGUUCUGCUCAGCCCUUACCAAAGCCUUCCAUCCUCGGUUCAGAAGGGUGCAACUGGGUCAGGCUAUUUGAGGAACUUUUGGGCCACUGGAUAAUAGUCCACACAAACGUUGAAAUGAGGAUUCUGGUUGGGAUUCUCCUUGAAGAGUCUUCCCCACUUUACAGAGAAGGAAAAUGGGUCCAAGGAGGCAACGAAUGACCUGGGGUUAGAACCCAGUCUGCAAAUCUGCCCUCCGCGUUUAUGGAGCUGGCUUUCCCAAGCCAGAACCCGCGCAGGGCUCUACCUUCGGGGCGGGGUCAGAGAUGCCCCCCACCUGUGCCUUUAGAAUCCCAGGGGCUCCCAGGUUGGGAGGGGCCGGGCGCUGGCGAUUGGUGCGCAGGAGCCCUGGGGCGGUAAAGGGAAGGGGCGGUCCAGUGCCGCCGACUGGAACCUCUCGCGCGGCCACCCGCCAUGCAAGCCGGCGGUCAGGGCUACCCCCUCUCCUCGCUCUACGUGGGCGACCUGCAUCCGGACGUGACCGAGGCUAUGCUCUACGAGACGUUCUCUCCAGUCGGCCCCAUCCUGUCCAUCCGCGUGUGUCGCGACGUGGCCACUCGGCGCUCGCUGGGUUAUGCCUACAUCAACUUUCAGCAGCCGGCAGACGCGGAACGAGCACUGGACACAAUGAACUUUGAGGUGAUCAAAGGCCAACCCAUCCGAAUCAUGUGGUCUCAGCGAGACCCAGGACUUCGAAAGUCGGGUGUGGGCAACGUCUUCAUAAAGAACUUGGAGGAUUCCAUUGACAGCAAGGCUUUGUAUGAUACCUUUUCCACCUUCGGGAACAUCCUUUCUUGCAAGGUGGCGUGUGAUGAGCACGGCUCUCGAGGCUUCGGCUUUGUGCAUUUUGAGACCAAUGAGGCCGCACAGCAGGCCAUCAGCACCAUGAAUGGGAUGCUGCUGAAUGACCGCAAAGUGUUUGUUGGCCACUUCAAGUCUCACCGGGAACGGGAAGCAGAGCUAGGGGCUCAGGCCCUGGCAUUCACCAACAUCUAUGUCAAGAACCUCCACGUGGACAUGGAUGAGCAGGGCCUGCAGGACCUCUUCUUUGAGUUUGGAAAGAUGCUGAGUGUGAAGGUGAUGAGGGACAACAGUGGCCACUCCCGGGGCUUUGGCUUUGUUAACUUUGAGAAGCAUGAGGAAGCCCAGAAGGCUGUGGACCACAUGAACGGAAAGGAAGUGAGUGGGCAGCAGCUGUACGUGGGCCGGGCCCAGAAACGAGCAGAGCGGCAGAAUGAACUGAAGCGCAGGUUUGAGCAGAUGAAGCAGGACCGGCAGACCCGCUACCAGGGUGUCAACCUGUACGUGAAGAACCUGGACGACUCCAUCAGUGACGAGAAACUGAGGACAGUGUUCUCUCCAUACGGAGUGAUUACCAGUGCGAAGGUGAUGACAGAGGGUGGCCACAGCAAGGGAUUUGGCUUUGUGUGUUUUUCCUCUCCAGAAGAGGCGACAAAGGCCGUGACAGAGAUGAACGGGUGUAUUGUGGGUACCAAGCCGCUGUACGUGGCACUGGCCCAACGUAAAGAGGAACGGAAGGCCAUCUUGACCAACCAGUACAUGCAGCGCCUCUCCACGGUGCAGGCCUUGGGCCGCCCCGUCAUGGGCUCCUUCCAGCAGCCCAACAGCUACUUCUUGCCUGCUGUGUCCCAGCCUCCUGCCCAGGCUGCAUGCUAUGGUGGCUCUGGCUCUGUGGCCCCCAUCCAGCCUGCCCCCAGGUGGACAGCCCAGCCUCAAAGACCUUCAUCUGUCUGCCCUCCAACUGCCUCAGUGGUCCGGCCACCAGGCUUGCCCCGGCGCCCCCGGGCCCAUGUCAGCAGUGUCAGGCAGGCCUCUACCCAGGUGCCGUACCUGGCACCCCACACCAAGAAAGUGGCCAACAUUGGUACCCAGACCAUGGGAGCCAGCCGGGCAGCAUUCUCUACAGAAGGGCCAUCUCUCUCAACUAUACAUAUGGCCCAUGGGGUCCCAGAGCCUGCUCUGCACAUCCCUGGCCAAGAGCCCCUGACUGCGUCUAUGCUGGCUGCAGCACCACUCCAUGAGCAAAAGCAGAUGAUUGGCUCCUGUUCUCUGGUUUGAAAACACUGGUCAGACGAAUUAUCCUAAGGCUCUUUCCAGCUCUGCCAUUCUGUGAUUCUGACCUAGGUAAGAGACACCUGGUGUGGGGCUGUCAGGGCCAGGCAGCAGAGUCAGGGUAUGGUUGGAGUUGGGGGUUACAGGUCUUCACACCUCUUCUAACUGGAGGAAGCGUUGCCAAAUUUCUUCUGGUGCCCACUUCAGGGUAGUGUGAAACAUCCGUGCGUUAGGUAAGUACAGGCGGUUCCUACUGGACUCUGAAUUCCUUCUGCAGUUCAUCUCCAUCCUGCGUCCAAGACAGGUCUUACUAAAAGAUGCUGCUAACUGUGAAUGAAUGAGCAGGCUCAUUCCUCUUUGCUGGGUUCUUUACUGCACGGCCAAAAUCUCCAAGCCCUUCAGUGAAGGCCCCUGCUGCCCCCACACCAUCGUUUCCUCAGCUUAUUUAUUAGGGUUUUACCACUUCACAUCCCACCCCACCACCAAAGAAAAGUUUCUUAGCAGUUCUUUGUAAACACUAUCACUCUCCUCAUGGGAAGACUCCUUAUACUUUGGAUUUAAGGGCUCGAUCCUGGCUGAACCCUCCAUACACUGCCAUGGUGGGUUGGCACCAAUAAGAGGCCUUGUUGCUAGAAAUACCCUAUGGUGGAACGUGAAUUUAUUUUACAUAUUUCUCAUUACUCCUCCCUGAAAAGUUUCAAGUUCGUUAUUACCAUAUCCUAUCUAGAAUUAUUUAUUGCAAAAUGAACACGAAUAGUCUUUUUUUUCCAAAAAAACUUCUGUGCUCACUCUACUUGUCUUUUGUUCAAGAUGAGAUCUCAUGUUGCUCAGGCUGGCCUCAAAGUUACAAUCCUCCUGUCUCAGCUCCCAAGUACCUGGGAUUACGUGUAUGCACCACUGUGCUUGCACACAAGAAUACACAAGAGUAGUCUUUAAACAACUCACUUUGUGCCAGACCCAGUGCUAUAAUUACCUCACAUGUAUUACCAGAUUUCUUCAAACUGCCCUUGAAGGUGGGGUUUACUUGGCCCACUUUAUAACUGGGAGAAGAGGUCCCAGUAAGGUUUAGCAACAUGGCCUGGAAGAAGCAGUUCUGGGACAAGAACCCAGGUGUCCUCACUGCUCUCCAUGGUACCACUCCUGGGUUGCUGGUGUGUGAGCCAGGUGUGUGCAUAGCAAUCAGGGGUUGUUCCACACAGGGGAGCGUCUCUAUCGUCUUAUCCCUGAGGUUUAUGCUGCGCUGGCUGGCAAGAUCACAGGCAUGCUGCUGGAGAUCGACAAU